AUGUAUUCUUGGUGGUGGGACAGCCACAACACACCAAAGAACUCAAAAUGGCUCCAAGAAAAUCUUACAGAUAUCGACAGCAAAGUCAAAUCUAUGAUCAAGCUAAUCGAAGAGGAUGCAGACUCAUUUGCUCGACGGGCCGAGAUGUACUACAAGAAGCGGCCGGAACUAAUGAAAUUGGUGGAAGAAUUCUAUCGGGCCUACCGUGCAUUAGCUGAAAGGUAUAAUCACGCGACGGGCGAGCUCAGGCAUUGCCAGCAAACCAUAGCAAAGGCAUUUCCCGAUGAAGUUCCUUUCGAACUUGUUGAGGAUUCACAUUUGCCGUCCCCUUCCCAUGAGAGGGUUGGGCCCGGGCCUGAAAGCGGACCGUCUGAAAUGGCAUUUCCUGCCAACACAUUGUUAAACACUGAAGACAUUCUUGAGAACAAUGCACACAGACCUUCUCCAUCUGAAGGGGAGCCACGAAAAAGGGGUUUGAAGCAAUUGCCCGAGAUGUUCAGAGCUGAGAAAGCGGGGGCCCGCGAUCAGAAUCUGGAAGUGAAGGUUCUUAACGAGAUCGACAGAGUGAAAAAGGCAGAAAAUGAAGUUGAAUGUCUAAAGAAAGCGCUUGCAGAUAUGAAAGCCGAAAAGGAAGAUGUUCUCAGCCAGUAUAAAACGUGUCUUGAGAAGCUAUCUGAAAUCGAGAAUGAGUUGAAUAACGCGCAAAAUGACUCGAAGAGGCUCGGUGAGAAAGCCAGUCUAGCUGAAAUUGAGGUUCAGACCCUGAAGGAAGCACUUGUUCAGUUUGAGGUUGAGAAAAUUGCUCAGAUGAUCAGACAAAACGAUUAUUUGGAAAAAAUAUCUCAUCUCGAGGCUAUGGCUUCUCGAUAUCAGGAAGACAUGAGGGGACUUGAUAGCAGAGCAUGUGAGGCAGAAAGUGAGUCUCGAAAUCUGAAAGAUGAAAUUUCGAGAUUGGAGAUGGAAAAGGGAAUGGUGGUUUGUCAGUACAAGCAGUGUCUUGAGAAAAUAAAGGAUUUAGAGUUUGUAAUAUCGAGUAACGAAAAUGAAGCUGGAUUGCUUAAGCAGCAAGCGGAAAAAGCUGAAAAUGAAGUCUUUGAACUGAAAAGGGCUUUGGCUGAUUUGAACAAGGAGAAAGAGGAUAUGGCUAUUGAGUAUAAGCAGUGCUUGGAGAAAAUGGCAGAGCUCGAGGAAGAUUUAUCUUCUGCUAAAACCAACAUUGAGCGGCUUAAUAAUGAAGUCUUGUCCGGAAAUGAGAAACUAAAAAAUGUCGAAAAGAAAUGUGCAUCCGUGGAGGCAUCUAAUAAAUCUUUAAGAGUCGAGGCGGAUAACUUGGUGAAGAAAAUUGCUAUUAAAGAUCAAGAACUCCUGGGAAAGCAGGAGCAAUUGGAGAAACUCGAGGCGCUUUUGGAAGACGAGCAUUCGAGGCAUGCACAAGUCAAGGCCACUCUUGAGAGUCUCCAGAAUUUGCACUCUCGAUCUCAAGAUGAUCAGAAGGUUUUAGCCUCGGAGAUUAAUAACGUGGUCCGGACGCUAAAAGAUGUGGAAGUUUGCAAAAAUGAGUUGGAAGUAGAAAUCGAGAAGGUUAAGGAUGAAAAUGGCAAUUUGAGACAAACAAUUAUGUCUUCAUCUAUUUCAAUGGAGAAAAUGCAGAACGAAAUUAUUGGCUUACGGGAGAUUCGGGAUAGACUUGGAAAUGAGGUUUCAGUCCACGUGAAUGUGACUGCUUCUCUUCAAGAGGAGAUGUUUUGCUUGAAAAAAGAAAUUGAGGGGUUAAAUAAAACCUACCGAGAAUUAGUUGAGCAAGUUGAAGCAGCUGGUUUGAACCCAAAAUGUGUUGAGGAUUCACUUAAGAGCUUGCGUGACGAAAGCUCGACACUUAGACAAAAAUGUGAGCACGAAUAUGUUGAGAAAGAAAUUCUUUCCAAGAGGCUAGAGGAGAUUGAAGGAGCUUUAAAGAAAAAUUUGAUCGCCGAAAGCACCCUGUCGGAUUUGAAUGCUGAGCUGGCAGUCUCGCGUAGGGAGGUGAAGGAAUUGCAAGAAUCGAGCGACCUUCUACGUGGAGAGAAGGGCAAUCUUGUUGUAGAGAAAGCUUCUAUUUUGUCUCAGCUGCAGGCUAUGACUGAUAACAUGCAGAAUUUAUUGGGGAAGAAUGCUGUUUUGGAAGAUACACUGUGUGAGGCGAAAAUCGAGCUUCAAGGUUUGAGGGAAAAAUCGAAGGGACUUGAAGAAAUAUGCCAAAUGCUCAAGAACGAAAGGUCUUUCCUUCUGUCUGAAAGGGAUACCUUAGUCUUGAAGUUGGAAAAUGUUGAGAAUAUGCUUAAAAGCCUCGAAAAGCAGUUUACGGGUCUGGAAAUAAAGUAUGCUGAUGUCAAGAGGGAAAAAGAAGCCAUGCACUGUCAAGUUGAGAAACUUAAGGUUUCCUUGUGUGAGGAAAAACAGGAAAGGAAAUAUACCCAGCUUGAAAGCGAGAUGAGACUGGCCGGGCUAGAAAAAAUUAUCCAUCUCUUGCAGGAGGAAAAUAAAUGGAAAAAGAAGGAAUCCGAGGAUGAACUCGAUAAAUCACUGAAAGCACAAUUUGAAAUUUCCAUCUUGCAGAAAUUCAUAAAAGAUAUGGAGGAGAAAAAUUGUGCUCUAAUUAUCGAGUGCCAAAAGCACGUAGAGGCAUCGAGAUUGGCGGAGAAAUUGAUAUCCGAGCUCGAGGGUGAAAGUCUCGAGCAGCAGGUGGAAGCCGAGCUCCUACUGGACGAGAUCGAGAGAUUGAGAUUGGGCAUAUAUGGAAUUUUCAAAAGCAUGGAAAGCGGCCCCAGUUGUGUUAUUGAGGACAUCAAGGUCCAAAAUGAACAAACUUUGGUGCAUCAUAUUUUGGUCAGCAUUGAAGAUUUGAAAAGUUGUGCUUCUAGAAAUGAGGACGAAAAGCAGCAGCUUAUAGUCGAGAACUCCGUUCUACUUGCUCUACUCGAGCAGGUGGAGUCCAAGGGUCAUGAAAUCGAGUCACAUAAGGCACUUUUGGAGAAGGAAUCAAAGAUAAUGGCCGAGAAGCUCAAUUUUGUGGAAAAAGAAAAAGAAGAGCUUCUAGAGAUAAACAAGCUGUUAAAAUCCAAUGUGACCAAAAAUCUUCAAGAAGCUGCUCUCUAUCAGGAUGAGUUGGAGAGUCUUUGUGAUAAACAAGCUGAUUUGCAGAAAGCUUAUCAUUUGUUGCACGAAUCAUAUUCUCGAGUGAAUGAGGAGAAUACGCAUUUGCUCAAGAAAAUUUAUGAACUAAAAGAGGAGAAGUUUCAAGUCAAUCAGCACAAUGAUGCAAUUCUUAUGGAGCUCUUAGCAGCUGAUAAUCAAAAUGCAGCUUUGAGGAGUUUUGGGAGAGAGAAAAUUGUAGAACUGAAAUCAAUCCUUAAAGAUCUGAACAGGCAGCAUGAUGUCAGCACAAGACUUGAAGAGGAAAUGAAUGAGUUGAGGGAGAAACUAGAGUUGCACGAGGCCGGGAAUUUAGUCCUUAAAGACUUCGUCUGUAGAUUGGAGAGAGACAUGCAAGAAGCCAUGGAAGGUAAUGUAAAAAUGAAGAAAGAAAUAAUUAACGGCAAAGAGAGCAUAAGACAGACCGAAGCCAAGCUGUUGGAUACGGAAUCAAAGCUCGAGGCUGCUGAAAAAUCAAACUUGGACUUGUCUCAAACAGUGGACGAGCUGAAGACCGACAUUGUCGAGUCCUUUGAAAUAAGGAAAAGACUAGAAAAGAAUGUGUUCGAGCUUUCCGAAAAUAAUUCCUACCAGAAGAAGGAAAUCGAGAGCCUUCACAUGGCCAAUGAAAAUUUAGAGUCCGAAAUCGUUUUCCUUCGUCAAGAAGUGGAAGAGAAUACAGUUCGAGAGCGGACUCUAAGCAACGAGCUCCAGGAAAUGAGCAAUGAAUUCGAACUGUGGGAAGCUGAGGCAUCGACCUUUUGUUUUGAUCUUCAAGUCUCCUCAAUUAAUGAGGUUUUGUUGAAAGAUAAGGUGCAAGAGCUUAGUGAAGUGUGUGAGACUCUCGAGCAUGAGCACGAGGUGAAAAUUUCGGAGAUAGAAAUGAUGAAGGGGAAGAUUUGUUCCAUGGAGAAUGAAGUUUGUGGAUUGAAGUCCCAGCUGCAUGCAUAUGCUCCUGUUAUAGCUUCGCUCAGAGAAGAUAUAGCAAUACUUGAGCAUAAUGCUUUACUUCACGCGAAGUUUAAAGUGGCAUAUGGUCAAGAGACACUGGCUUUCAAAGUUUCACCUCAUGCCAGUCAAGACUCUUCUCAAAUACUUCCUGAAGAUCAGUCCCUUCUCAGCUUGCAAAACUUACAGAUGAGAGUCAAAGCUGUUGGAAAAAUGAUGCAAGAAACGAAUAAACCCGCUGUCUGGAGAAGAUCAAACUCCGAUAUCAUACAAGAAUUCUCAUUCAUCGAGAUCGAUCAUCAGUUAAAACCCCGCAAGAAAAAGGUGUCAACAAACGAGUCCAGCGACUCUCCAAAAUCGCAUAGACCAAAAUUCAAAAGCUCUGAAACCCGAAAUGCGGCUCUCAUGAAAGAUAUUCCUCUCGAUCAAGUCUCUAAUAACAGCUCAUGGCGCGGAACUCGGAAUAAAAACAGCAAAGCCAGCUCAGAUGAUUUAAUGCUCGAGCUGUGGGAAACUACCGAAGAUGGGAAUAAGUUUGCGAAUGAUAAUACAGCACGCAAUCCAUAUGAAAAUGAGGAGGGAAAAUCUUUGUUGUUGCCUUUGACAGACUCGGAUGUGGAGAAAGAGUUAGCCGUGGAUAGAUUGAAGCUGUCAUCCACAAGAAAACUCGAGCCUGACAAUGAUGCGAAAAUCCUCGAGAAACUCGCAUCGGAUGCCCAAAAGCUCGAAAUCCUCUGGACAACAUUAGAAAGCUUGAGAAGGAAGCUAGAGACGAACAAAAAGAGCCGAAAGGUUAAAAAAUCCGAUUUUCAGGCUGUGAGAGAACAGUUGGAAGAUGCUGAGGACAGUGUUGUCCAUUUAGUGGAUUUGAACGGUCAACUCGUGAAAAACAUCGAGUAUUGUCCGAGAGAUGAAAUGAACGAGGCUCUGAGAAUGUGGAAAAUGAAAGUAGCUGAGCAGGCUCAGAAGGGUUCGGAGAAGAUCGAAGAUUUGCAGUUGGGGCUUCAGAAAAUUCAGCACGUGCUUUUGCGAAUGGAGGAAGAGAAGAAGAAGAAUAAUAAGGGGAAAGUUAAGUUCCUUAGGAGCAAAAGUAUAAUUUCGAGGGACUUUGUUGAUAAUGGAAAGACAAACAGCGGGAGGAGUAAGAAGGGUCCUCGUUGUGGGUGUUUUAAGCAGUCGACUAGUAGAAAUAUUGCCGAAGGUUCUUAG